AUGAAACAAAUAUGGAACAUCUUGGGAAGCAAAAGCUCGGUAUGGGCAGUAUGGGUGCAAUCAGUGCUUCUGCGUGGGAGAUCCUUUUGGGAGAUCAACAUCCCUUCCAAUCCUUCAUGGUCAUGGAGGAAAAUCCUGCAAAGCCGUGAUUGGUGUAGGGGCUGGUUUCAGACAUGCAUUGGCAAGGGAACUGCUACCUCCCUCUGGUAUGACUACUGGCUUCCAGAGGGGAAGAGAAUCAUAGACAUCCUCCCCCACAGACUGCUAUUCUCCACCGGGCUUGCUUGGACGUCAAGAGUUUCGGACAUCAUGCAUGGAGACCAAUGGAACUUCCCAGCAUCUAGCCCAGACUUGCAGGUGUUAUGGAGUUCCAUCUCAUUCAACCCAAACCCCUCUAUGGAAGACCACUGCAUUUGGAAAGGCCACCACUCGGGUACAUUCACUGUUCACUCUGCAUGGGAACUCCUACGUGAAUCUCGGCCAGAAAAUUGUGUGCAUCAUCUCUUAUGGUUCAAAGGCCACAUCCCCCGUCAGUCAUUUAUCCUUUGGCUUGCCUCCAAGAAGCGUCUCAACACCAUGGAUAGAUUACACAAUGCAAGGAUGCUAGCUCAUACAACCUGUAUAUUAUGUGCUGCCCAUGAAGAAUCUCACAACCAUUUAUUUUUUGACUGUCACUACUCCAACACUGUAUGGAGAACAAUCUGCAGCAAAGGCAACGUCCAGUGGCCAUCACUUCCUUGGAACCAGCUUUUGAUUUGGGCAGCCAACACUUACAGGAAAGGGAAGGACAUCAUGCACACAAUUCCCCGUCUUAUGCUUUCAACAACGGUCUACUUCUUAUGCCAUGAGAGAAACAUGCGCAUUUUCAGUCAACAAUUCCAGUCUCACCACUCAACCAGCAGGGACAUUCUUGAGCUCAUUAGAACUCACAUCAUCAACAUGGAGCACAAAUGCCCCAUCCCAGACUCUGUUUGUCACACCUGGGGCAUUCAACAACCUUAA